CCCGAAGUUUUGCCGUGACCGGAGGUGCCAGUCAAGAAAGAUUCACGCCGCCGCCAGCGACAAAGUGAAGGUGGGAGAAAGAAGCACAAUCAGCAACAAGGAAGACCAAGAGGAGGAGCAGGAAGAAGCCCAUUGGACAUAUCACCCACACAUGCACACACCGCCAACAUGAGCGCCACCUUAUCUCCGCCCGCCCUCGUCGGCGCCGUCCUCAGAACAUCAAUGACCCGUCCACAACUUUCUCGUUGCGCCGGCCGCCUCACACAAUCAAACUCCUUUGCAACCUCUUCAGAACCCGUCCGCGAACACACGCCCCGAUGGGCAGCAACUCCUUCUCGUAUGGCCAUGCCCGUCCGCACACGUCCCGGUCCCCGUCAACGUCAGGCUCCUCCAUUCAAAGUAAACCAAGACCCAGUAGUGCUGGACAAUGCCUACAGCUCCUUCCUCGGCAAGAACGGCGACACACUUCUACCCGAAGAGCUCAAGUGGCUAGCAGUAACCCACAAGUCCUUUGAUCACGCGAGAAGAGGUUUCAACGACAAGCUCGCUUUCCUGGGAAAGAGAUUGUGCGAUAUGCAAUGCGAUCUGGCUCUGCUGGAACAACAGGACCCUCUCAACACAAAGGCUUUCAACAGACGCAAGCCCUCGUCCAAGCAAUACUUGCACCCGGCCAUGAAGGGUGUGCACAAUGUUUCCGAAUUCGCAAGGAACAACACUUUGGACAAAGUGAGAUUGGCUUCUUUGGCGCGGCAAUACGGUCUGGACGGUGUUGUGAGAUGGGUGCCGAGAAACGUCGACAACCUCUCAUCAUCCGGUGUCGAUGUCGUGCUCGCGCAUACUCUCUACUCGAUUGUCGGAGCCGUCGCUAUGGAAAAGGGAGGCGAAUUCGCCACCAAGAUUGUGAGGGAGAGGAUACUGAGCCCUCUCGGCCUCAAGUAA